GCAUCCUUACCAGAGACAGUGAGACGAGAGAGAGAGAGUGAGAGAGCCAUUUUGACCGCUUCUAGGGUGUGAAGAAGCGGCCGGCCAUCCAAAAAGAUUUUAAAAAAAAUAACACACAACCGAGGUCAUAUUUCUGCCGAGGCGAGGCGAGGCGAGGGCAGGCCAGGAGGGGGGUGGGCUUGUCGGGUGCGAGACGCGGUCGGCGCUCGGUGAGUUGAGCCUGGAGCCGUUUUCAUGGAGAGGAGAGGCUGGUAGCUGGUGUCUGUCAGACCUGGAGGAGGAUAAUAAAGCGGUCGAGCACGACAAAACACCGUCUGCACACAGUGGGGGGGAGAGAGUGAGACGUGACCAGCGCUGCGGAGACCUGCAGGGCCCUACACCUGGGCACUAACGAAGGCACCCCGAGGUGCUAGGAAGACAGCACCAUGGCAGGGGCCUCUGUGAAGGUGGCGGUGCGAGUCCGCCCCUUCAAUUCAAGGGAGAUCGGAAAAGAAAGCAAAUGCAUCAUUCAGAUGACCGGAAACACCACCACCAUCAUCAACCCCAAGCAGGCCAAAGACAACAAGAGCUUCAACUUUGAUUACUCCUACUGGUCCCACACCUCGCCCGAGGACGUCAAUUAUGCCUCUCAGAUGCGAGUGUACAAAGACAUCGGAGAGGAAAUGUUGCUGCACGCUUUCGAGGGAUACAAUGUCUGCAUCUUUGCUUAUGGCCAGACAGGCGCUGGCAAGUCCUACACCAUGAUGGGGAAACAGGAUGUCAAGGAUCAACAAGGAAUCAUUCCCCUGCUGUGUGAAGAUCUUUUCACAAAGAUCAAUGACAAUAUAGACAACAGCAACUCUUAUUCUGUGGAGGUGAGCUACAUGGAAAUCUACUGUGAGCGUGUGCGGGACUUGUUGAACCCUAAAAACAAAGGGAACCUGCGUGUUCGAGAACAUCCUCUGAUGGGACCUUACGUGGAGGAUCUGUCAAAGCUCGCUGUCACCUCCUACAACGACAUCCAGGACCUGAUGGACUCUGGCAACAAGGCCAGGACUGUGGCCGCCACCAACAUGAAUGAGACAAGCAGUCGCUCACACGCCGUCUUUAACAUCAUCUUCACUCAGAAACGCCUCGAUGCCGACACUGAUAACACCUCUGAGAAGGUCAGCAAAAUCAGUUUGGUGGAUCUUGCUGGCAGUGAGAGGGCAGAUUCUACUGGAGCCAAAGGGACGAGGCUGAAGGAAGGAGCCAAUAUCAACAAAUCUCUGACUACGCUGGGGAAAGUCAUCUCCGCCCUCGCAGAAGUGGAUUCUGGAUCAAACAAGAAUAAAAAGAAGAAGAAGGUUGAAAGCUUCAUCCCCUACAGAGAUUCAGUUUUGACCUGGCUGCUGAGAGAAAAUUUGGGGGGGAAUUCUCGCACUGCAAUGGUUGCCGCCCUGAGUCCAGCUGACAUCAACUACGAUGAGACCCUCAGCACACUCAGGUACGCCGAUCGCGCCAAACAGAUUCGCUGUAACGCUGUGAUCAAUGAGGAUCCCAACAACCGAUUGGUGCGUGAGCUGAAGGAGGAGGUGUCGCGCCUGAAAGAUCUCCUCUGUGCUCAGGGCCUGGGUGACAUCAUUGAGAGUAAGGGAGCAUUACUUGGGCCAUAUCGAGCAACCGGUGCUGACAUAGAGGGUUUGAAAUUGCCGUGCCCCCGCCCCUCCCCGACAGACCUUUCCGAUUACAAGAACAAUAACAAUAAAGGCCAAGCUGUGAAUCAAAGGGAUGAUCUCUCCACAGUGACUAAUGCCAUGACGGGGAUGAGUCCCUCUCCGUCUCUCUCAGCCUUGUCCAGCCGUGCCGGGUCCAUCGCCAGUUUGCACGACCGCAUCAUGUUCAGCCCGGGCAGCGAGGAGGCCAUCGAGAGGCUGAAGGAAACAGAGAAAAUCAUUGCUGAACUCAAUGAGACUUGGGAGGAGAAACUUCGCAGAACAGAAGCCAUUAGAAUGGAAAGAGAGGCCUUGCUGGCAGAAAUGGGUGUAGCGAUGCGAGAAGACGGCGGGACGGUUGGUGUGUUCUCUCCUAAGAAGACACCUCAUCUGGUGAACCUGAACGAGGAUCCUCUGAUGUCUGAGUGCCUGUUGUACUACAUUAAAGACGGGAUCACCAGGGUAGGUCGAGUAGACGCCAGCAGUCGUCAGGACAUCGUCCUCAGCGGCCACUUCAUCAAAGAUGAGCACUGCACCUUUACCAGCGCUACCGGUCCAACGGGAGAAACAGUUGUCCUGGAGCCCUGUGAAGGAGCUGAGACUUAUGUCAACGGAAAGAGAGUGACAGAGCCCACUGUCCUCAAAUCAGGAAAUCGCAUCAUCCUGGGGAAGAGCCACGUGUUCCGGUUCAACCACCCUGUUCAAGCCAGGGCUGAGAGGGAGAGGACGCCGUGUGCUGAGACCCCGGCCGAGCCGGUGGACUGGGCCUUCGCCCAGAGGGAGCUGCUGGAGAAGCAGGGCAUUGACAUGAAACAGGAAAUGGAACAGAGGCUGCAGGAGUUGGAGGAUCAGUAUCGUAAAGAGAGAGAGGAGGCCAACAACCUACUGGAGCAGCAACGACUGGACUAUGAGAGCAAGCUGGAGGCUCUUCAGAAACAAGUGGACCGCUACUACCCAGAAGCCACUGAAGAAGAGGAAGAGCCAGAAGAGGAAGUGCAAUGGACGGAAAGGGAAAGAGAGCUGGCUGUGUGGAGCUUUCGUAAGUGGAAGUGUUACCAGUUCACGUCUCUCCGGGACCUGUUAUGGGGGAAUGCCAUCUUCCUUAAAGAGGCCAAUGCCAUCAGUGUGGAGCUCAAGAAGAAGGUCCAGUUCCAGUUUGUGCUGCUCACAGACACACUGUAUUCGCCGCUGCCUCCAGACCUGCUGCCCCCAGAGGCGAGCAAAGACAGGGAGAUACGACACUUCCCACGCACUAUUGUGGCCGUGGAGGUGCAGGAUCAGAAAAAUGGAGCCACCCACUACUGGACAUUAGAAAAACUAAGGCAGAGGCUCGAUCUCAUGAGAGAGAUGUACGAUCGCGCCGCUGAUGUGCCCAACAAUACCACUGAAGACUGUGAAAAUGCGAUGACUGGCGGGGACCCCUUUUAUGACCGCUUCCCCUGGUUCCGCCUGGUCGGCAGAAACCCCAUUUUCAACACAUGCAUGAGCGAGCGCAUGAGUGAUCCCACCCCGUCUCCGACCCUCUCCAACUCUGAAAUUACUGAGCUGGCUGACCCGCAGCACGAGGGUCGAGGGGAGGAGGAGGAGUUGGAGGAGUUGGAGGACCUGGACGAUGAUAUCUUUUUGGACGACCCGUGCUUGGAGCUCGGGGGAGAGGAUGAUGAUGAUGAUGAUGAUGAUGAUGAUGAUGAUGAUGAUGAGGGAGAGUUCUGCCGAGGCUCCAGCGAAGGCCAGGAUCCCUUUUACGACCGCUCACCAUUAUUCAGUGUAGUGGGAAGGGCUUUUGUUUAUCUGAGUAACCUGCUGUACCCAGUUCCUCUCGUCCACCGCGUGGCCAUCGUCAGCGAGAAGGGAGAAGUGAAGGGCUUCCUCCGAGUGGCGGUGCAGGCCAUAUCAGGUGCUUUGUGUUUCCCUCCAGCUGAUGAGGAAGCUCCCGACUACGGCUCAGGAGUGAGGCAGUCCGGCACUGCCAAAAUCUCAUUUGAGGAUCAGCAAUAUGAAAAGUUUCAGUCAGAGACCUGCUCUGUCGGACUGUCCCGUACUGGGAUAUCCCAGGAGGAGCUUCGUAUUGUGGAAGGUGAAGGGCAGAACGCAGAAAUGGUACCGUCAGCUGAUGAGGUCAACAACAACACAUGUGCGGCUGGUGCAGAUGAGGUGGAGGCUCCGCUGAAGGCCAGUCUGGACGCUCCACUUGACGCGCUUGAGCACCUGAGGAUCGGUAACGUCUUUACCUUCAGGGUCACCGUCCUGCAAGCCUCCAGCAUCUCUGCAGAAUACGCCGACAUCUUCUGCCAGUUCAAUUUCAUCCACCGCCAUGAUGAGGCCUUCUCCACUGAGCCCCUUAAAAACACGGGGCGUGGCCCCCCUCUAGGCUUCUACCAUGUGCAGAAUAUUGCCGUUGAAGUUACUAAAUCCUUCGUCGACUACAUCAAGACUCAGCCAAUUGUGUUUGAGGUUUUUGGACACUACCAGAAACAGCCUUUCCUUCCUCUCUGUAAAGACGUCAUCAGUCCGCUGCGUCCCUGCAGAAGACAGUUCCCUCGAGUGAUGCCUCUGUCCAAACCAGUACCUGCCACUAAGCUGACAGCCAUGACCCGCCCACAGGCAGGACCCUGCCACAGCAAAUAUGAUCUCAUGGUAUUCUUUGAGAUCUGCGAGCUGGAGGCCAAUGGAGACUACAUCCCUGCAGUGGUGGACCACAGAGGGGGAAUGCCUUGUCAUGGCACAUUCCUACUGCACCAGGGCCUCCAGAGGAGAGUCACUGUUACCAUCGUGCAUGAGUCAGGAGGUGACAUUGAGUGGAAGGACAUCCGAGAGCUUGUUGUGGGACGUCUUCGCAACACCCCUGAAGCUGACGAGACCAUCAUCGACCCCAAUAUUCUCUCCCUCAACAUCUUGUCUGCUGGGUAUGUGAGGCCCCUGCAAGACGACCGACAGUUUCUUGAUUCGGACAUGCCUAGCAUUUCCUUGGAACUUGACCAUAGGACUUUCUACCGCUUCGAGGCAGCUUGGGAUAGCUCCAUGCACAACUCCCUGCUGCUAAACCGAGUCACUCCAUAUGGGGAGAAGAUCUACAUGACCCUCUCUGCCUACUUGGAGAUGGAGAACUGCACCCAGCCCGCAGUCAUAACCAAAGAUAUCUGCAUGGUGUUUUAUUCACGAGACGCAAAGCUUUCGGCCUCCCGCUCAAUCCGAAACCUUUUUGGUACGGGAAGCCUGAGAGCGGCAGAUGGAAACCGUGUAACUGGAGUUUACGAGGUCAGCCUGUGUAACUUGGCAGAUGCAGGAAGCCCAGGUAUGCAGAGGAGACGCAGGCGGGUGCUGGACACCUCAGUGGCCUACGUCCGUGGAGAGGAGAACCUGGCUGGAUGGAGGCCCCGGAGUGACAGCCUCAUUCUGGACCACCAGUGGGAGUUAGAGAAACUUAGCCUUCUUCAAGAUGUGGAGAAGACCAAACAUUACCUCCUGCUGAGGGAGAAACUGGAGUCUACCUUGCUCAUGGGCCAGGAGUCCCUGCUGUCCUGCGUCUCUGAGGAGAUGAACGAGUCUCCACAGCCCCCCGAGGUCGACCAGGAGGUCUGCUACAGUACAGAAAUCACCACUGAGAGGCAGAGGGAGCUCGCUGCCAAGUGUUUGCGGCUGCUCACUCACUCCUUCAACCGGGAAUACAGCCACGUGUGCGUCAGCGCUAGUGAAAGCAAGAUCUCAGAAAUGUCUGUUACAACGCUAAGAGAUUCGGCUUCGAUCUCUGCUCUCAACACAAUCACACCCUCAUCGACGUGCCCUUCGCUGGUUGAGGGUUGCUAUAGCAACGCUGAACUCAGACCUCCUACGCCUCGCUCUCGUGCUGUCAGCCCCGGUCCUGACGCACCGCAGGACGCAGAGGCCAAGAAAUCCGUCAGUGGAGCCUCCGACACCAAACCUCGGAUCCGCAGAUUUGUCCCUGAUAUCCAGGAAAUUAGAGUCAGCCCCAUUGUGUCAAAGAAAGGGUACAUACAUUUCCUGGAGCCACACACCAACGGAUGGGUGAAGCGCUACGUUGUCGUGCGACGGCCGUACGUCUACAUCUACAACACAGAGAGAGACACUGUGGAGCGGGCCAUCCUCAACCUCUCCUCUGCCCAGGUGGAGUACAGUGAGGACCAGCAGGCAAUGCUGAAGACCCCGAACACAUUCGCCGUGUGUACAGAACAUCGUGGCAUAUUGCUUCAAGCCACUAAUGACAAAGAGAUGCAUGAUUGGCUGUAUGCGUUUAAUCCCCUCCUCGCUGGAACUAUCAGGUCAAAGCUGUCAAGAAGACGAGCCGGACAGAUGAGGAUGUGACCCAAUUAAAUGAGAGAAAGAUAAACGCAAAGACUGAGAUGUACAUAGAUCCUUGUCCUUUAUCCUCCCCUUGUGCUGAGCCCCACGACCCUCCCGCCACAGUCACCAACAACCAUCUCUCCCCCUGUGCGUUCUCAGUUUAUCACUCGUGUCCUCAGCACCUAAAGCGCCCAUCUCGUGUCAGGCCUUUGCUGCGGUGUGAGUCUCGUAGUCUGAAGAACCUCUUCAAAAUGCUGUCUCUGUACUGUACUGGAGUUUAUUCAUAGCUGGACGGAAUGAAGAAAAAUGGAGGAAGUAGCAACAGUUUCUUAUCUCAGAUUACAUACGUAUGGUAAUGUACUGUAGUUGUUGUCAGUGACACAUCAAGCCUUAUACAUUUAUUCCGUGGGGGAAAAAAAAAAAAAAAGGAAAAAAGCAGUGACAUUUAUUUUUACCUAAAAAGCUGCCAUGUCAGUGAGGAUCUCAUUGCUACAUUUGCAUCAGUAAAUAGACAAACGUGCAGAUUGUUCUCUACUCUACUCUACGACUAUAUACACAGUGUCGAAACUGGUUUGCAUACAAACGUACUGCUAAAAAAAAAGAAAAACACACGCUACAUGAAAAAAAAAAAUCGACAGUUGAGCUUAAGAAUAAUCCUCUUUUCUUUGUGGUUCAUGAAUCUUGACUUUGAGCAAUCUGCCUCCUAUUCCUGAAAAACGUCUUCGAAACUUUUAGCGCACACAGCCCGGCAAAGGAAUGGCGUAUCAUCCUAGACUUCAUGUUCUUGUGGCAAUUUUUGAAUCAGUUCAUGUCGUUUUUAGCUACUCGUAGGAGCACCGAGGGUAUCUACAUUCACACGGCGAGUUAUCGAGUUAUCAUCACCAUUAAUCCUCUCGAUUUAAUCUCAUUCGCGACCUGAAUUUUUCAUUUCGUUUAAAAUGUGAUAUAUUUAGAUAUUUAACAGCUUUAUUAUUUAUUUCUGCAUGUAUUUAUUUACAAAGACAUUUAUAUUUCUAAAGUAGUAGUACCGUGCAAUUUCUGCACACUGCACUUUUUAAUAUGAGUUCCUUAAAUGUUUGAAUAAUACAACCUUGUCCCCUUGUAGGUAAAUUAUAAUGACUUUAUGAUUGGCCACUUUCUUUGUGCUGAAGAUUACUUGAAUAACACUAUCCCCUCUUAAGAUUAGGAUAGUCCCAGCUGACCUUUGACCCCCCCCCCCCCCACCCCAACUAACAUACAUCUGAAAAGGUCAGUAUCUUUAGGUAGAGAAUAUUAAAGGUGGUCUGUCCAUCCUCAGCUGCACAAAGCUACCUGUUCAAUGAUCAAAAAGUAUAAACUGUUCCUCAAGAGUACGGAAUAAGAAGCUGGUUUUCUGAAUGAAAUGUAUAUUGAUUAAAUGUAGUGCCUCUCUUUUCAAUCAUACUGUACAGUAUGCCUCUGCACCAGUUGCUUUGAAACUACAUCCUUUCAUGCUGCUAUAAUACUGUCCUGGAAGUGUCUGCAGAUCAUAUCACAUCACUUUUUUUCAUCUUUUGUCAUCAUGAUUGUCACGUUCAUCUUCAAGCAAAAAAACAAAACAAAAAACAACAAGGUCUCAUUUAUAUGUCAUGUUCUGUCGUGUAGAACAGAAUAUUCAUAAAACGGAGAAUACUUCAUGUUUAUACCUUUAAACAAAACCUGCUUCGUUAUAUUUCGGGAAUGUUAGAAAGCAUAUCACUGCAACUGUUAAGCAGUCAGGCUUAAAUAUAGACUGUACCGUUUCUUAUCCCUUCAUCUGAUCUUUGAUGAACGUGAAUUUUCUGCAGCAUUUCAUUGAUAAUGACUGCGAAUCAAAAACUUUGCCAGUUUGUGAAGUUGUGUUGAGGUUUGAUUGGUGAGCGUGCCUCAGGUCAGCCAGCCUACAGAGCUCGCUCAACGACAGAAAUCACAUUUUACCAAAAAACAAAAAACCAUCUCAAAAAACUUAAACUGUGACAUAAAAAAAAAAUAAUUAAAGAAUAUAAUUUUUUUCUCUAUGUAUUGGCACCGUAGGUUUAACAAUGAAUUGCUGUUUAGAUAAUUCACACAGUAUCUUACUCUACUAUAUGCAUAUAACCUGGGAUCAAAAAAAGUAUUCUCUGUGUUGUGGACAUAUUUUGGAACCAUUUUACAGUUUACAUGUUUGAACAACCGUCAGUAGUUGUUUUAAAUCAGUCAAAUGUCUGUUCAUAUCUUAAGUCGGGUGAUCAAUGAUUGUCGGCAGAGACUGCAGUUGUAUUUUAUCCAGCUAUAGCACCGUCAUCGAGGGAGCACCUGCUGUACUGUACGUUACACUGUCUCAAGCACUCAUUUCUGUCUCAUUCCCUUUAAAACCCAGUUUUGAAAUGUGAGCCCGGGAAUAACUCCAGUCUGAUCUCUUACGUUGAGAUUGUCGCUCCUGUUUUCUGUGGGUCACAUUUGAACCAACCAAAGUUCUGUUGGUGCGGUCACAGGAAAAAAAAAAAAAAAAAGAAAGAAAGAAGAAAAAAAAAUCACACUGAAUGUACUUUGAUGUUUGAAAAUACUUAUUCUGCAGGAGUGGUUGUGUUGACUUGUCCUCUGGUUUUCACAGUCGGGUUCCUUAUUGAUUGUAGGUACCAUCAGGGAACCAAACGCAGGUUGUGGGAUAUACAGUAGCUGUAAUAAUCUGUCCACAGACGUGUGGGGGGAAGAAGGUUGGUUCAUCGUGGCCCUGUUAGGCAUCGCAUCUCGCACAGAGUAAUGCUGUAGGUUACCUUACUGUCACAUACUCACUCUUCUUGCACCAUCAUGCUCUUGACAGCCUUCACAAAAAUGUACUUUUUCUAAUCUCUCCUCUGCCCUUCGAAGGAAUAUCAUUUACAUUUCUGUGCUACCACAUCUAAUCUCUCUCUCUCUCUCUCUCUCUCUGUUUUGUUUUGUUUUGCACUAUCAAAUUGCACCGGUACAUUGAAUUUAAUUUUUUUUUUCUUCUUCAAAUUAUUUUUUUUUGUUGUUUUUUUUUGCAUUGUAUAUAAACAUGAUUGCUGUGAACAGUGUAUUAUAAAGUUGCACCCAUUUUGCGAAAAAAACUUAAAUGGGCAGUAGUUCAGUCAGUGUCUCUGAGUGUUGGAAGUUUAGCGUCAAAUGUUUGUGUACACUAAACACAUUGUCAUAUAUUAAAUAAACAUGGAAAUUAUGCAACACAAA